CCAUCACUCGAUCAGGGGAGGUUGUUUCAACUUUCAACUGUGAUAGUUGCAUUGUGGUGGUGCUGGUGGCGGGAGGCGUGAGGUGGGGGGUAUUUGGGGGCUCCGCCUCUCUCUUCCUGAUUGACUGCCUCUUCUGGCUUUCUCCAAUCGAUUCUGCAGUGGCCUCUAUACAUAUUUCUCAUAUAUAGGGUUGGAAUAAGAAGAAAAUCAAAUCGGAAUCAAGAAUCAAAUUCAUUACCCUUAUCUGGAUGGCGGCAUAUAGGAGAAGAUUGGGAACCUCAAGGGCUUCAGCGAUUGAAGAUGAUGAAGCUGAUUCAUCUUCAUCGUCGCUCGCUGCUAAGGCCAUUAGAGCUUCCUCCGCCCAUCGGGACUCCUCCCUCUCCUCUGCUUACGGCCUCUCUCCUUCCUCCACUCCUCCUCCACCCUCAAAGGAUUCAACCUCUUAUGAGUAUACCUCUAUGAAGAGUUCGAAUGAAUCCAAAUAUGGUUUUUGGGGUGCUCUGGCAAGGAAAGCUAAAGCUAUUAUUGAGGAUGAUAAUGAAGCCCAACAACCUGAAGCACCUGGAAGAACAAGCAGACAGGGGCCUGGUACAGUAACAGGGGCCCAGCACCAUAACCAAUAUCACUCACCUGAGGGUCAUCAAAAAACAGGUGCUCCCAAGAUACAGAAGGGAAUGGAUGUGAUUGCGUCUUCGCUUAAUUAUAUUGGUGGCACCAUUGGUAAUGCCUUUGAGGAGGGCCGUACAAUUGUGGAGAAUCGGACUGCAGACAUCAUUCAAGAAACUCGCAAACUGCAUAUCAGGAAAAAAGGCAGUGGUUCUGAGCCAAAGCAUCAGGCCACAAAUAUUUAUACCAGGAAACAAACCUCAAUGCAGGCACAAAUGGAGCCCCAGCUGCAAGCUGACCAAGAAAUUCAAUUGAAGGCAUCCCGCGACGUUGCAAUGGCAAUGGCUGCCAAAGCAAAGCUCCUACUUCGGGAGCUGAAGACUGUUAAAGCAGACCUGGCAUUUGCCAAAGAGCGAUGUGCUCAGCUGGAAGAAGAAAAUCGAAUACUUCGGGAGCAUCACGAGAAGGGCGACAACCCAGAAGAUGAUGAUCUUAUACGGCUUCAACUUGAAACACUUUUGGCAGAGAAAGCUCGACUAGCACAGGAGAACUCAGUCUACGCACGCGAGAACCGCUUCCUAAGGGAGAUUGUAGAAUACCACCAGCUUACUAUGCAGGAUGUAAUAUACUUGGAUGAGAGGACUGAAGAGGUAACUGAAGUUUAUCCCAUCAAGGUACCUACUGUGAAUAACCUUCAUUCGGUUGCCACAACACUUCCACCUCUAGCCUCGUCUCUGCCUUUUGAGGGGGGGCCCAAAACGAGUCCACAAGGGAUCCAACAUGUCUCCACUGCCCCUGUGCCACCACAAGCACUUGCCGAGAUCUCCCAAAGUGUUGCCUCACAGAACCUUCAUAUUCCUGUUCCGGUUGCGGAAGAUUCAAAAUGAGACUCAAAUCCAUCCGCUUGAAUAGGAUUGUAACGCUUUCUCUUUUGAUGGGUGCCACCUUUGUAACAACAUUUUCCAGUCCUUGAUAUUUUUUCUUUUAAGUUCUUUCUAUUUGUUGUUCCUCCACAGUGUUGGCCAAUAUAUGAUUGUUUUGUAUCUUUCACGGUGUAUCUUAUGCUUUUGGUUUGUUACUAUGUGAAAAACAAUAACAUCACAACGACUAGUCCUUUGAA